CACCAUCAGCCAAUCGUCAGCUGCUAAUAGAUCCACUAUAGUGCGGAGAAAAUCGAACUUCCUUAAGUUCUCACUUCGUAGAUCGUGAUCUUGGACUAGUUGCUUUCGCAUCGAGGCGGAAAUAUCAUCGAGGAGCUUGGAAUGAAUAAUCGCACGAGUUCAGAGCAUUGCGGAUUCGUUUUGUUCCUGGAUUAUUACUUUUUAUCCGAAGUAUGACAAGAAAGGCGCGACCAUAUUUCAUGUUACCAUUCGACUAGACAAACAGGAGAAAGUUGUGAAAUCUGUGUCUACUGGGGUUUCGUCAUCGGAGCUGCGUGUUCAUUUGCUGCGUUGCCGUUUACUAGACAGCAGCAUUUAUAGGAUGUUGGAGAAAAUGGCGGGAAAGUGUUCAAUUUUGGUAGUGUUACAUGUUCUCAUCUGGACGGCGUAUGGCCAGGGUGGGGUUUCGCAAAAGGACCUAGGGAAGCGUUUACAGGGGAUGGAAGACAGGAUACAAUGGCUGACGAAGGAGCACAGAAACAUGACAAAUGUGGUGACGAAAAUUCACCAUCGUCUCCACACCUCACAUCACAAAAUGACAGAAAUGAAAGAAGGGGAAUUAUUACGGGGAAAAUUAAUUACUGAUAUGCGGGACCAGCUGGAACAACAGAGCAAUUCGAUUAAUCGCUUAGAACAGGAUAAUGAACAAUUAAGGGGCGUGAUUCUCCAACUUUCACAAGCUCUCCAGCAAAUACGCGGACAGCCAUUGGGAACUACCUUGGCUCCCAUUGUAAAAACAACAAAAUCCACAUUACCAACAACGCCAAGGGAUUGUCAAGAUGUGUUCAAUAGUGGUAGCCAUUACGCUGGAAAUUAUUACAUCACAGUCGAACCGACGGGCACGAAGUCAUCAUUUAAAGUAUGCUGUCAAAUGACGGACGAUGCGGGUUGGACUAUUCUUAUGCGGCGAAUGGAUGGCUCCAUCGACUUCUUUAAAAAGUGGGACGAAUUCAAAAGAGGCUUUGGCAAUUUAGAAGCAGAAUUCUGGCUUGGAAACGACAAAAUACAUGAACUAACAUCACAAGGUGACUAUAUGUUACGUAUUGAGAUGGAGUCCUGGGAAGGCAAGAAAUAUUAUGCAGAAUACGAUCAUUUUAGUAUUGCGGAUGAGGCGGAUAAGUACCGGAUACACGUCAGUGGUUACCAUGGAAACGCAGGGGAUUCCCUUACGUCAUAUUGGGAAGAUCAUAAUAACCAGGCAUUCAGUACACGUGACAGGGACAAUGAUGACCGGUUCUACGACAAUUGUGCAGAACAUUACCACGGUGCCUGGUGGUUCAAAAGUUGCUUCGAGUCACAUUUGAAUGGUAUCUAUUAUAGAAAGGGCGAGCACAACAACUAUUUCGUGCGGAAUGGCAUCCAAUGGAAUACAAUCCAUCUCCACUCCUCACUAAAAUAUGCCGCCAUGCUGGUGAAACCCUCAACGAAAGCUUCCGAUCCCUCAAGGCGGAACGACACAGUGGACUAGUCUAACGCCAUCUUGACAUCAGCAUAUGUCACGUGAUAUGAACUGGCUGACUUCGGUAUUCUUCGGAGAAAUUCGGAACACUUUGAGCAGUAUUAUUUCUGUGCUGUACAAGGAUCUGCAUUACGGUGUCACGUUAGCAUCUGUACACUAGUCAAAAAGCAUACAUUUGUUCAAAUUCAUUUCCAUUAAAUAGAAAAUAGCAUAAAAAGUCAUUAGGAUAUACCAGUAUUCAGACUAGUCAUAUGGAUAGCGCAUAUACCCAUGAGGGCCGUAUGAAAGCCUGAAUUAUUCAACAACUUGUAAAAAGUAUGUAAUGGCGACACUCUAAUUUAUAUCGACCAAUAUCAUCUGAAAUUAUCUAUACCUCUGAGUCUUCAAUAACACAUUUUUUUUCAUUAUGUGUCCUGGUAUCUAACUCACGGAGGGACAGUCGAUAAUCCUGUUAACAAGUUGCUAUGAAAAUAAUACUGUGAAGACGCCAACAGCCGAAAAUGUGUAUUCAUUUUCGAUCGAUGUUCGUUUACGACCCACUGACACCGUGGGCAUGGUGGGGCAAGCGAGGUGAGUCGGAGACGCGCACAGGAGAGUACCGUUGAUAUCGUUCCGAGAGACUAAUGGACCCUAUACUUCCUGGAAACAUGUGAUACUAUUAACUUUGGCUAAAAGACUGUUGGACGGAAACGGCUGCUUUUGGCCUCGCCACCGAGGCUCGCCGUUGCUUGGUUAAUGUGAUCCGAUGAUGAACUCAGCGAGGCAAUAUGCACUUCAAAACUGGCAAUUUCGUUUCAGGAAUUGAAUCAUUCUGUAGAAACGGUACGAUUCGGAAUCUACUUAUUGUAAAUGUUGUUGAAAGCCCUUGUUUCUACUACACUAAGGAGUGGGUGGAGUGACGUUGAGUGAACAUCACUGUCGACGCAUUCAGUACGAAUGAGGCUGAGUGCGGUGGUCACUUGAGAAUGGAGGACGCCCCUGGAGAGAUUGCGAUAUGAGAUAUUUGGCUGUGAAGUGAUUUACAUAGUCUGCUUACGCGUGAUAUAAUGCGGACUAACUGGAGUUUUAUCGUAUCUCCAGGGAGGGAUAUUCGUCGGAGAUGUUUAAAGUGCUCAACGGGAGUGCUAAGUCCAUUUGCAGCUUUAUGCCUAUAGAGACCGGUUAAAAACUCUGAUAAAAGAGUAUGUGUUCAUUGGCACAACCAAAAUCUGAUUUAGAAUUAGUCACAAUGUAUUUCGUGUUAAAUGACUGUUUCAUAGAAUAAGAUUCGCAUAAUAUGACAAAUUGUACAUAUUUCAUCAGCUUAGGCUGAUGCCCACGUGAUUCCCACGUGACCACUGUGGCGGAAAUUACGUCUCUACCUCAGAGAAUGUGUACUUGCACCAGUUAGUGCCUGCCUCAUCUCGCGCUGGCCAUGAGCAAAUGCUCGGCGUCAUUUUCGGCCCUCCGUGCAGUUUAAAAGGCUGUUGUCUUUCGACUGUGCUAAACAUAGAGAGUUGUACUCCAUGAUGUAGGACGGGAUUGGGAGCCACGAGAAUGACGAGGAGACAGUUCUUCAGACCAUCACCAGUCCCACGGAAAGUACAUGUACACAACUGCAAUAUCAAGUCAAAGGACAAUUUCAAAGGGAGCCCUUCACGAGCUGUGGCACACUGCGGAACGAAAUCAUUGCCAACUAUCACUUCUUUUCACAUUUUCAGAAGAUGAUUAUUUUUACUGCUGAGAGUGACUGUUAGGUGGCAUUUGAUUUCGCAAGCACACUAUCAUACAGAAAGCAAUGGUGUGUAGUGGCGCAUAGAACGACAAAGAUCGUUCGGCACGAAACAGACAAAAUCCACCGCCAUCCUCCGGGUUGAGGGUUGGGAAGGUGGCAAGUUCGGACGCAACUAUCAUGACUAUAGAACCAAGAUAUUCCAUUGUGAAAUCAACAUUGGUUAAUAACCGUGUAAGUAUUUCAUGUUCGAAUCGACACAAUUCAUUCUUUUCGUAUUUUCACCGGAACAGACCGACGGUGACAAAACUUCGAAAAUAUAUAUUUCGGGCUGUUCAUUUAAUUAAUCGGGUUAUGUGUCUGGUACAGCCUAAGAAUCCCCAGGUUGUGGUGUUUGUCUGUGUCCGUGCCGGGCGUACAGCUUUCCUUCUAUUACAACGAGAUAACGCACAUGCCUAGAUUCGCACUGUCAUCCAUCUUGUAGUUACGAUAAUCUCUGAUCACUACGUAAUCGGCAGUUAUGUAGUAUCUAUGUAUACUAUUAGAUUCGUAAUAAACUGUCUAGAAACAGAUUCUCAGCACAACUCUUUCUGGGGAUGAGGAGUAUUGAAUGUUAUAAUACGUACUGUGUUGAUUUCUAAUUCGCUCAGAACUCGCGAUCACCGAUGGGCGUAUUGAUAAUUUGGCGUUGGCGGGAUUGCCGAGAUGCAACAGCGGCCAAACCUGUUGAGAUUGGAGAGUCUUGAUGGAUAAACUCAGCUCGAGUUUGCUUAUUAACCCUUGGCCAUUACGAUGAUCGUCGGUAAAAUGAAAGUGGGGUUUCAGUUAAUGAUUUCAAGCCAUUGCCUCCUAACUCGUCUAUGUAUGUUUGUCCAAGACGGAUUUGAGAUGGAACACAGGUGGAAACUUCUAAGUUGUAGUAUAUGUUUAUCUCAAAAGCGUUCAUUCACUCCCCUCUAUCCUGGCUCAUUAUAAGGCUAAUACAUUCCUCAAUAUUUAGCUGCUAUCAAUGCAGUGAGAGCAAAAUAUCAUUGCCCACAUUUAGCGCGAGAACUCGAAAGCAAAAUUGUUCCGAAUUCUCUACAAAAUAACGCUUUGCAAUGCCAGCCAUUUUGCUUCACUGUCAACCAUGACUCUGACGUCACUACACAUCAUUGCUUUUAAACCUCGUCGCAAGUAUUAGUAUCAUACUUACCUUCGUCGAUUUUAUUUAACUGAAGUGAUAAUGCAUUAUUUGUAGGCUACUGUCGGCGCUAGGUGACAAGUUAUAUUUACGUUGUUAUAGGGACGGGAAUGGUGUAGAAUAAAAUAAAGAUCGAUUUGUAAAUAUUGUAUAAAAUUAUCGUUGUGGUCCUAAAGUAUUUUGGAGAUGAUGAUGUAUUUCGUCUCUGUUGUUUUCGCAUCGUCUCUGAUAACAUGCAGACUUUGGGAACUUGAAAUGAAACCCUCACUUACCCAAGGAUUGAAUAUUUUCAGUACCGAUUAUGUUUAUAAGCUUGCACAAAACGGUGGUCUCUGAGAUCGCCAGGUUCGAAUUCAUGCUUGGCCCCUUCUCAUUUUUGACGAAAUAUAUAGCUUUUCGACCCUAGUUAUCUCCGAAUACCAGUCUAUGAUGUUCAAUCGGGACCCAAGUUCUGAGAUAUCAAGCGUAGCCUAUGGACUACAUGGGCUUCGAAUGCCUUCAUCAAGAAGGCAUGCAUUCCUUUGAAUCUGAACUGAAUUGGUCACUAAACCACACAAAAGAAUUACCGUCUUCUUCCUUCGUAAACCAUUUGUCACUAAUUUUUCGUCUACAUGUAUCCGGAAGAAGAUUUAUUUCACGAAAAAUAUUUCACUUACAUUCAGUUUCUUUUUCUUCGUUUCUGGAUAAAAAUGCGCCAAGGGAGUGUCCCUUUUAAUUUUGUUUUUGUUGUUGAUGUUGUUGUUGUUGAUUGCUAGCUAGUACAUACAAUACAGAUUACCCUUGGUCAUUCCCAAAGGUGCAUGUUAUAAGAAUGAUAAGAGGAUGGAAAACAGUGUUACGUAUUAAUGUUCAAGAACCGCUGUAGUUUUUUUGCUACGUCAAUGCUAAUUUAUACAGAAAUCGGUGUCAAAGUUGUUAAGUUCGACCUUAUAUCACCACUAUUACGAUAUCAGAAUCCACAGUAGUAUAGUGUUGUGGUACUCUUCAUACAUGUACAUGUAGUCCAACACCGUAUUAUUUAUUUAUAUUUCGUAUUUUCUGACAGAUAUCGUGACGUCAUCGUCGUCAGAGGUUCAAAGGAUCAUCAUGAUAUCUUCAAGUAUAAACCGGGACUAUAUUCGUCAUUGUUCCCCGUUUUUUAUGAUACAACUUCAAUCCCUGCACCUAAUUGAAAGAAGGCCUAUGUACAUGUACGUCAGCAGGUUUUAUUGUGAUUUUUUCAAUUCGUCUACACUGUAGAGGAAUAAGGAUAACUCUCAAAUAGUUUUACAUUUCAGACAAAUUACUCAAUUACAUCUGAGUUUGAAAAGAAGUAUCUCAACGAUGUAUUCGUUAAUGGCAAAUGCAUUAAUGACAUGAAUUAUCAUAUUUCAUGGCUCAUGCAGUAAGAAUAGGCAUUUUUAGAGACAUUUUCCCGUUUUGUAUCAGUAAGUUGAGGAAUGCAGCUCAUCUCUUCCUGUUAUGGUACUUAAGGAUCUUCAAUUUCACAUUUGGUAAUAAAUCAGCCAUUGAACACCAUGGCAGAAAUAAUAACGAGCACUCUGUAUUUGGUAUUUCUAAUGGAUAAAGUUGUAUUUGCAAGUAUUUUACUUUUAAGGGACAAAAUGUGAUGUCUGCCUCGUCACAUCACUCAAACGAAAUCCUUCUUCACUAAAGGUAGUAGCAGUACCAUUUUAAACAAUGUAAAGACCAUAUUUAUCAUUCAAAUUCUUUAUUUCUUAUUUACGUUAUUUCACAUUUGAUCAUAUUAACAAACAGAAUAGUUUAUAAAAUAUGUAUCAAAAGUAAGAACCACACACACCCCAAGAUUGACCCCGAGAAAAGUUGAUAAUCUGUGAUUCCUGGACUUCUCUCUUAAUUUUUGUCGAGUUAUUGAUAUCAUGAUGCAGAAGACCUGUCUGUAAUAUAGUAUAAUUGUAAGUUCCACUCUGUCCACGAAAGGUGACAAUAAAAACUAAAAGCCGA